UUGCAACAAAAAAAAAAAUAGGUCACUGUAAAACCCAAUUUAAAUAAAGAGUUUGUAAAACUACACUCGUUUUAAAACUCCAAUUCCAUUCUAUCCUUCAGUACAGACUAUAAUCACUCUACAUACACACAUCAGUUUCAGUUACAAGUUUCAUAUAUUAUAUAUUUAUACAUACAUAGACAUAUCAUAUAUUCUGUUUUAUCUUUCUCUCUAUUAUUUAUUUUUAUUUCAGUGCGCAAUUCAACACGUAUUUUAUUGUCGACACAAAAGUUAUUUUCAAUUAUUAUUAUCAGGAUAAAAGUUAAUGUAUAAAUUAUCAAGCCUAUUAAAGAAAAUAUAGCAUGACUUGUUAUGCUGUUGUGAGACCGUUUUAUAUUUUAAUUUAGUUUUUAAACCUGCGGUUAAUGUAAUUGUGUUUACGAUACAGAUGUAAUUCAAGAGGACGAACAAAUAUUUUUAAUAAUCAACAAGUAAAGCGAAAGUUUUAAAAGUGUUUAAAUUUAUAAAUUAUCAAUGAUUAAUUAAGUGUAAAGUGUAAGUUUAAAUAUUAAAAAAUGUCGCAUUUGACGUCAGAUAAUGGCACGAUGGUAAAUAUGAUAAAACAAAAGUUCGAACAAAACUUGUGUAGUAAAAAUACAAAUAAAAAUACAAAUGAAAACAAUAAGAAAAAUAAAAAUAAUGAUGAUUGUGAUAACGUCGAUGAUGAUAAUGACGAUGAUGAUCAGAAAGAACAAUUACGUAGAUCACUAAGUUCUUCGCCAGUUAAAAUUAAAAAAAAUUUAAAGUUAAACGUCACAAGACAGUUAUCAAACCCUGGUAAAAAUAUAAAAAGAACUCCAGCUUUUCGAGGUGAUAAACUCACUAAAAUAAGAAAUUUAAAUUCGCCAUCAAAAGAUAAAGUGUUUUCAAUUGUUAAUAAAAAUGUUAAAAUAUUUGAAGAAAAACCCGAGUAUGGUAAACUGGGUAAUGUUAAAAAAAAACCAAUUCAAGCUGAUGAUGAAGACGAAAUAAAUGAAGAUGUUGUUGAUUGUGGUGAUGAUAAAAAUAAAUAUGAAUAUAAAAGCAUUAGUAAAAUAAAUCGUCCACCAUUGACCAAAGAAAAUAAAAUAACUCGUGAAAAUUCAGUUAAAACAACAGUGAUAUCGCGACAAAAAAAUAUAUCACCUAUUUAUAGUUUAGAUGAUGAUUUUGGUGAAACGUCAAAAGAUUUAAAUACAAAUAAUGAUUUUGUUUCAUUUAAAAAUUUAAAAAUAAAUGAAUCAAAUAAAUUUGAUAAAUUUAUAAUGAAUGGUGCUGAGUAUACUAAAAUAACAAAAUCAAAGACUGCUAAUGAUAACAAAAUAAAAUCUAAUGAUGAAUUAAAUAAAGACAAAGGUAGUAAUACAGUGAUUGAUAUUCGUGAAGAAUUAUCAAGACGAAAAUCAACAAAAGUUGAGAAAGAUGAGUACAAUAAUAAUUCAUGUGAAUCAACAGUCGCAGCAGGAGUUGCAGCAUCGUCCAGAAAGUCUGACGAUGAUGAAUCAAAUGAUGAAUUAACUGAUAGACUAAAAGCCGCAUUGAAAGCUCCACUGCCUUCUGGUCCACCGCCAAAAAAACCUCCAAGAACUUUUGCUCACUGCCCAAAUAUAAAUCGAAGGUAUGAUUUAAAUACUACUACUAUUGGAGAAAGUGCUAAAUCUUCAUGGACACGCAGUGAUAGAGAAUCUUGUGUUAAAAGUCUGGGUGUUGAUGUAACCGGAUCAUCUAGAAGUUUUAGAAAUUACGAAAUAAUUCGUGGAGAUGAUGAUAAUGAGGAAGGUAAUAAUAAUGAUAAUGAUGAUGUCGUUUCUGGGUCUUCACAAGAUCGUACUAAAAUAGUAGAGAAAGAAACAGGAUUUAAAUCUUCACACAAUGUAGAAAAUGUAAAUAGUUCAUUAUCAUUGUCCGUUAAAAAUGGUUUAGCAUUAGAUGACAUUAAAGAACAUUCUCCCACGGCAUCAACCAGUUCCGUUAAAUGUCGUACCGUUCGUGACUCUAAAAAGAUGUUAGAAAAACUUGAAACUGUAUUAAUUCAACAUCAAAAAGCCCUCGGUCCAAAAGUUAUCGUGCCGAGAAAAGAUAAAUUUGAUUUGGAAAUAAAAUUAAAUAAUAAAAAUAAAAAAAAAAAUCAAAGUGAUUCGGAUAAUGAUAUUGAAAAUACGGAUAAAAACAAAUUUUUAAAUAGAUUAUCUCGUACAUUAGAUGAUUCGAAAAAAAUGAACGGUGAUAAAAAAAAUAGUGAAUCUAAAACACGUAAACACUCGACAUUUGAUUGCUUGCCGUAUUUAAAUUGUGCAAGUCCAAUAAUGUAUGAGCAGCCAAAUUUCACUACAUAUUUUACAGAAUCAUCUUCAUCUUCAUUGAAUGGAUUUAAAUCAAAAUCUGAUGAUGUUUUAAAUAAUUCGAUAUCAAAUAAUAUUUUAUCAAGCAAUAAUGAUUUUUAUGAUCAACAAUUUAGUCCAGCUGCUAAAAGACUUUCGACCGAACUGACGACAUUCAUUGAUGGUAAGCGGAGACAAAAUUUAUCAGCGAAAAAUGAAGAACGUAUUUAUGCUGAGCCGUUUUCAUUCGAUAAAAAAAGUGGAACAGAUAUUAUGGAAUUAAGUAAAUUAUCACCGCAAGAACGAAAUUAUUUGUCACACAAUUGGCACCAUAGUGACAAUGGAUUUAUUAGUAAUCAAAUGCUGCCGAAUAAUUCUGAAGAAUCUUUAUCUAUUUUAUGUCGAGAGAAAAAAAAAGGACCUGAGUUACAUUACAUGUGUACGCCAAUAGAACCAUUACUUUUGGAAAAUAAUAACAAUAAUAACACAUCGAAGACUGAUGAGUUUGAAAAAUUAACACGGGAUAUUAAUUUUCAUACAUUUAUUAAUAAAUCAAAUUCUUUGUCUCGAUCAUUUUUAGAUGGUCCUAGUCAAAUUAAGGUGGAGCAAUUACUGAAUCAAGCAUUCGGACAAAAUACAAUGGCUGGAACAGAACUAUCUACAGACUCAAACACUUCUUCAGACACAGAUUCCAUAGCCUCAACACCAUCAUCAGCAAAUGAUGAAUUAUCAAGUUUUAAUGAUAAAUUACGACUAUUCAAAUAUCGUGAAAACAGUACAUGUAAAACAAGUAAAGAAGAAUUACAUCGCAAUCUUACUGAAAAAAGAAAACAUUAUGUUAGACGUGUUUCUAUAAAGUAUUCAGAAAAACAUGAGUCUAGCCUUCGAGAUAGACGUGAUAAAUUGUUCGAUGUCUGUUUACUUGUGGAACUUAAUUUAUGUACUAGAGAACCAUACAUUAAAGAUAAAUACCCAAUUUAUGCAAAAGCUCCAGCUUGGAUUGAAAGUUUUUGUUUUCCCGAUGCUCAAGAUUGGCCUUCACCAGAUUCUAAUCAAAACCAAUUUUACUCCCUAUUUUUGAUGGAUGACAAAGGAAAUUGUAGAUAUGGUUAUUGCUGUAGAGUUAAACCAGAAGGUGGUCCAAUAUUACCACUAGCUUACUGUAUGAUAACUAAAUUUCGAGCUAGUGGAUUUUAUCACAAAGUACUACUAGAACUCGAAUCACGACAUGGACUACCUGACAAGAAACGUAGAAAAUUUAUUGAAGAUCUGUACAAUAAUCCGAUGCCAAAACCUGGCAGUUGUCUCAAAUUAACAACAGAUAAAAUCGAAAUAUUAACAAUUAGUAACCACAAUAAUAAUACAAUUAGCAAUGACAAUGAAAUUCGUUCAACGACAAGUGAAGUAAACGAUAAAUUAUCAAAUGAUGAUGAGCAGAUAUCAGUUAAAGUAGAACCUAAUUCACCAGAAAAAAUAAUUUUACGUUCAGGCGAUCCUAGAUUAGAAGAAAAAGAUAUGAGUCAAUUAUUUGAUGCUGUAAGCAAUAAAGUACUUAUAUUUUUAUUUGGUACUUUACUAUUGGAACGUCGUGUUGUACUUUUAUGUGAAAAAUUAAGUAAAUUGUCAUCGUGUGUUGAGGCACUCCAGAGUUUACUUUAUCCUUUUAGUUGGCCUCAUACAUUCAUUCCCGUUCUACCCGAUAUACCAGAGCUAUCGGAAAUUUUACAGGCACCAUUGCCAUUUGUCAUUGGUAUUUUAAAGUCGAAAAAUUUACCUAAUACUCAAGUUGAUUCUGUACAAGAUGGUAUUGUUGUUGAUCUUGACACGUCAAAAGUUAUUUGUGCGGUCGGUGAUGAGUCGACUAUUUUGCCAUCACGAUUACAAAAAGGAAUUAGAUGCGCGCUACAAUUGGUAUCGAGUAAUGUCAGACCAGCCGAUGGAAUUAGAAAUUUUCUUGUCUCCGAAGCAUUUCUUCGGGUAUUUGUUGAGACAUGUGUGCAUUUUGAAAAUCAUUUAGUCACACAGCAAGACGGCAAAAUUAUUUUCCAGAAAGAAUCAUUUGUCAAAGCAUCUCCUAGUAAGACUUACAGAUAUUUCCUCGAGUGGUUCAUUGAAACCACGAUGUUCAAUGCGUUUGUAACAGAUUAUAUUGCACAUGUUGAAGGUACAACAGUUAAUGAUCAUUACAAUAUUAAAUUAUUUAUCCAAAGAGUUGCAGAGUAUCGAAAAUCGAUUGAAUCAAAUUCACACUCGAAGAAAUUUUCAUCCAAGAAAAAAACUUUCGGUGAUCGUUUAAAAGAUUUGACAAAUUUUUAUACAUAGAAAUAGAAGUGAGUCUUUUAAAAUAAAUUAGAGUACGUAGUAGUUGAAAAAAACAAUUAAAUAUUAAAAAAUUAAUAUAUUUAUAUUUUUGAAUCUCAAUAAUGGCUUCAAGUAGCUUUAAUUAGUAUAAAUGUUGACAAUAAUAUUGUAAUUUCAGAGUAAUGAGCUAUGCCAGUUUUUAAUAAGAACUACUGUAUGUAUAGUUACAGCUACUAUUUUUUUUUUUAUUAUUAUUGUUGAUAUUUAAGUUAUAUCGUGUCACCAAUUUCAAAAGGACAUAUUUUUAUACAUAGAAAAUAAGGAAUUUUUGUACUAUGAAUUAAAAAAUUAUCCUGAAGUUGACAGACAAUAAGUAAUUAUCGGAUUUUUUUUUUUUUUUCAAUAAAUUAAUGACAAAAAAGAAAAACUAAAAAUAUGCACAUGUCAAAAAUUUAAAAAACUACAGGUGCAAAUUUUUCAAAUGUUUUUUUUUUAUAAUUUAUUGUUUAAAAAAAAAUCUAUAAAUUAUGAGACGUCGGUUAACUUCAGGAUCUUUUUUUGUGUACGCCUUUUUUUGACUUUGGUUACUAAGUUUAAAACCAAAAGGGGUGUAUAUUUUUUUUUUAAUUAAUAAUCAUAUUGUAGACUUAUUCUCAAGCUGAAAAUUCGAAAAGAAAAUUUUUAGCUAUUAAAUAAUUCUACAAACAAUUGGCCAAAAAAAAAAUUAUACGUCUCUUUGGCUUUGAAGUUUUCUAAAGCCAAAAGGGCGGAUAAAAAUCUGUCCUUUUGGAAUUAGUAACACGAUAUUUAACUAAAACCUGAAUUGAAUUUGUCAAUUAUUAGGGUAUGAAUCUCAUAUUUUAUUUUAUUUUAUUUAAACAAUAAUUAUACAUUUAGUUAUUGAGUUAUGAAAAGUAUUACUACUUAAUUUAUAAUUAAUAUAAAUUUAUCUCAAGUAAAAUUUUUAUAUUUAUGCAAAAAAUUAAUAAUUACGCUUUUAAAAAAACUGAAUUUUUAUAAAUUAUAUCCGUGUAAAAAAAAAUUACAUUGAUUAUUUAAUUAUUUAAAGUCAUUUUAUACUUUAACGUCAUAUUUUUUUACUUUAUUUAAAAAUUAAUUUAUUUUUGAAUUUUGAAUUUAAAAAAAAAGAUAAAAUUUAAUUUCGUAAAAUUAGAAUUCGUAUUGAAAAAAAAAAACGAAAUUUUUUUAAAAAUAUUUAUCAAGAAAUUGAAAUAAAAAAUUAAAUUUUGUUGGUAAAAACAUGAUUUACUACAAAAUAUCAAAUGAUCUUUACUACGAUAAAUUUUUAUGAUCGCACAAAUAUUUAUAAAAAAUUUUAUUGAUUAAUAAUGAUAAUUAUUAUUAUAAGCCAUUAAAAAUAUGUGAGUUUUAUCGUUAGUACAAGUACGGAAUAAUAAUUUCGGACUAGUUUGUUUGUUUCUAAUUUAUUACCGUACUAAUGAAGUGCCUGAAUAAGUGCCUUGUAAGUAACCGGUGAUUAUUAACGCACACAUCUUAUCUGUAUACAGCUUUUGUUGUUUUCGUUAUAGAAAAAAAAACUUGUUAAAUUUUGAACCAAAUUUUUGUCCAUGCGCAACGUACUUAUAAUAACAUGUGGAUAUUAUUACUGUUGCCAUGAUUUAUACUGUGAUUACUUAUUGCAUUAAUUAUGAUUAUGAAAAUAAUUUAAAUUUAUUAGACUGU